AUGGCUGGAUUACCUCCAGGAGACCCGCAGCUGGUCUCUAUGAUCGUCAACCAUUUAAAAACUCAGGGUUUGUUUGAUCAGUUUAGAAGGGACUGUCUAGCAGACGUGGACACAAAGCCUGCCUACCUGCAUUUGAGACAGCGUGUGGACAACUUUGUUUCAAACCAUCUUUCUAACCACACAUGGAGCCCUCAGCUGAACAAGAACCAACUGAGGAACAACAUCAGGCAGCUUGUUUUGCAGUCUGGUCUGUUGGAGCAAGGUGUGGACAGAAUUGUGGCUCAAGUGGUUGAUCCUAAAAUCCACCACACCUUCAGACCACAGGUUGAAAAGGUGGUCCGACAGUUCCUGUCUCCAGGCAGUCAUGUGGAAGAACCUCCUGUGAGCAUGUCCUCACUGCCUGAGAUGCAGGAUUCCAAUAUGCUGUCUCCAGUGAUCUCGUCUGCUCCAGCCUCUAGCUCAAGCAACAGCGCUCUCUCCAUCCUGGAUACCAUCAGCUCCCUCAAACAGGAGGCCGACAGCAAGCCCAAAGAGCCCCCACUGCAGGGGGAGGAGGGAGAGAUGGACAUGAGUCUGGUGGAGGAAGAGGAUGUGGAUGAAAACAAAGAAGAAGUUAAAGAUUGA